AGUUAAAUGACUUGCGUCUGGAUCUCUGGAGGACUUCUUUCUGUGUCAUGUGUUUUUAUGGUUUAGCAGGAUCACACAUCUCAAACACGGAUCAGCUGUAAGAUCUGCCGUCGGGUGGUGUCUGACGGCCUCCAGCACACUCCACGUCUGUUGUGCUGUGACUCAGAUGUGUUAAAGACGCUCCCACAUCUCAGAGACAUGCAGCGGCAUGAAAGUGUUCAUGUUGACAGGAGAAACGGCUGAUGUGUGUGUGGAAGCAUGUGGAAGACAUCGGUGAGGUCGUCUGCUCCACCAUCCUCAGAAUUCAUGAAGAGAGAAGAUGAGUCCGUGAGCUGAACACACAGAGAUCAUCAUCAUACCAACAACACAUCUCCACAGCUUGUCAGAAUGUUUCAGAGGAAAAAGAAGAAGAGAAGGCUGGAGAUUUCUGCACCGAAGAACUUCCAGCACAGGGUUCACACGUCCUUCGAUCCGGUUCACGGCUGUUUUAUCGGACUGCCGCCUCAAUGGCAAAGUCUGAUAGAAACACUGAAGAGACCCAAACCUGUGGUGGACCCGUCCAACAUCACACGCGUGCAACUCAAACCAAAGAAGAGCAUCGUGCGCGGCAGCUUCAUCGGACAUGAGGAUUAUAUUUCUGCGGCGAUCGCGCAGUUGAGUCGACUGUCAGUGAGCAGCUCGAACUCUUUGCGGCGCAGCAGCCCGUCUCAGCGCAGACGCGCGCAGUCUCUCGGCCGCCUGACAGAAGUCACCGAAGGGGAAACAUACGAGUAUCAGGGCCUGAAUGAAGCCAAUCAGAGAAACGGAAAACAGGUCACAGACUGGCUCACAAGAUCCCGACAGGUCCACAGUGAAAGUGGAAGUCCACGGGCCUCGUCUAAGAAGACCUUUGACCCCAGUGACAACCGACCGAGAGCCAAGUCGAUGUUGAUGGAAGAAACGGCGCUCAUGCCUCGGGAUAUAUUACUCCUGCCUCGAGCUGCUUGUGAACGCAUCGUGGUUUCAAGAACAGGCGUCAGAAAGAGCGAAAGGCCCGUGUCGUGUCUCUACAGCACGUACAGUGCGGAUGACGAAUCAAACAUCUCACCUAGCGUGAGCGUGCGUCAGACAAGAGCGUCAACGCCCGCGAGAUCGAACUCCGCUUACAACUUCAAGAUCAAUUCAGCCGGUGACCCGGCCGGACCCAAACCCACUGACACCAGUAGUCCAAGACCAGUUCACGGAUCCCUCGCCCGCCUGACUCCACGUCAGUUCUGUAACGACAACACCAGACAUUCACUCAUCAACAUCUCAACCGCUUCAUCCUCAGUGCCACCGACACAGGACAGCCCAUCCCAGCGCAGACCCUCGCCCACCGGCUCCUCCGCGAGUCCAUCGGGUACAUCGUCGCCCUGUCUCAGACCAGCCCAAACACCCAGCGCCAUCACAGAACCGGCCAAAGUCACACAUGAACAGUUCAAAGCCGCGCUUCAGAUGGUCGUGGACCAGUGUGACCCUCGGUUGUAUCUGGAGAAUUUUGUGAAGAUCGGAGAAGGCUCGACGGGUGUGGUGUGUAUCGCUCGAGAGAAGCACAGCGGGAGACAGGUGGCGGUGAAGAUGAUGGACCUGAGGAAGCAGCAGAGGAGAGAGCUGCUCUUUAAUGAAGUGGUCAUCAUGAGAGAUUACAGACAUAAGAAUGUGGUGGAGAUGUUUAAGAGCGCUCUGGUGGGUGAAGAGCUGUGGGUUAUCAUGGAGUAUCUGCAGGGCGGAGCUUUAACCAACAUCGUUUCUGAAACCAGACUGACAGAAGAGCAGCUGGCUACAGUGUGUGAAGCUGUUCUUCAGGCUCUGUGUUAUCUUCACGCUCAGGGUGUCAUUCACAGAGACAUCAAGAGUGACUCUAUAUUACUGACACUGGACGGACGGGUGAAGCUGUCAGACUUUGGAUUCUGUGCUCAGAUCAGUGAAGACAUCCCCAAGAGAAAGUCAUUGGUCGGAACACCGUAUUGGAUGGCACCAGAAGUCGUCUCAAAGACGCCCUACGGCACCAAGGUGGAUGUCUGGUCUUUGGGCAUCAUGGUGGUGGAGAUGGUGGAUGGAGAACCUCCAUACUUCAAUGAGACACCCAUAGCAGCCAUGAAGAGACUGAGAGAUGAGCCGGCACCUACUGCCAAAAAUAUACACAAGAUUUCUCCGGUUCUGAGAGACUUUCUGGACUCGAUGUUAACUCGUGAUCCCCUGAAGAGAUCGAGCGCUAGUGAUCUGCUCCGGCACCCAUUCUUACUUCAGAGUGGAUCUCCUCGAUGUCUGGUUCCACUGGUGGAACAGCACCGCAAGCGCAUGUCUCGCUGCUGAGAAGAGCAUUCUCACCCUGAUGUACUUCAUCAUGACACCAGUCUUUCAUGAGCACUUUUCAGACUUCAGAGAACCUCUAUGAGAGUGUUUUAGGGAUUUAUACUUGUGAGCUCAAAAAAUGGUUUGUUUGUACAACAUGUGAGGAUUCAUUUUGAUUCACGUUGACAUCGAAAAUAAAAUUUUGCUAUUGUUGUUGUAUAAUAACAUGUAGUGUCAUGAUAAAUGUAUAAAUGGAGCUAAACUUACCAGCUUCUAAACCACUUCACUGUGUGUACAUGAAGAGUUUGGUACCAAAAUAAGAUAACUAUGUUUAAAACAAAAAUCCUGUUUUUUUAUUGUGCAUUCUAAUUAAUCUCAAUCAACUGCAGUUGGUUUAAUUUGAUUUGAGCCAUAAUAACUAAAAAAUACAGCUAACUAAGACAACAAAAACAUUUUGGAACCAAACUCUUUAAAUAAUAAAUAUAAUAUUCUGCACAUCUUAUUAAUUCAAUUUGAUUUGUAAAGCACUAAAGUUUCAUUGUUAAUGAAGCAACUUUAAAGGGAAAAAACAGAACGCAGUAGAAAACAAUACACUCAAUAGUAUUAUAAAAUUAUAUUGUAUAUUAAUUAUUUUGUACCGUAUGCAACAGUGAUCUUGGAUCUCUUAUAACUGCAGUGUUAGAAAAAUCACACAACUACAGUUAUAUUAAUAUAUUGAGUAUAUAGACUUAAUUUAAACAUUUAGACUACAGGAAUAACAUUUUUAAGGCGUUGUCAAAGUUACAUAAUUGUAGUUCUGUUCAUCUUUACGUAAACGCACAUGUGAAGCGUGUGAAGUGAAUGACCGAACGGUUAGGUGACAGAUUAUCUAUUAACUGAUAAAGUUGUUGUUUGCACUUAAUGCUCAGUGCUGCUGCUCUUCAAGUGGACAAGACUUUAAAUAUAGAAGAAAAUAUCUAAAAGACACUUCAUUUGUUAACGUUAGUAAAUGCAUUAACUAACAUGAACUGAGAAUGGAGAGGUUUCAUCACGUUUCAAUCCUUGUUAACAUCAAUAUAAUCAUUCAUGUUAGUUAAGUGUGCAUUGACAAAUGUUAACAGUUAGUUUGUUUAAUUUUAAAAACAUAUUGUAAAAUAAAUGUAAUUAAUAAGAACCAAUUAAAUAAAUGCUGGUGAAGUAUCGUUUCUGGUUA